GCAAAAAGAAAGAGAGAGAGCGAAAAGGUGCGAUAGAGAGAGAAAGUGUAUCUUGGAUACACAGGUCGUCAGCAGCAGACGCACGCAGAACGCGUCGAGCAACAAAUUAAUAAAUAACAACAACAAAAAAACGGCAGAAAUAAAAGAAAAUCAAAAACAACUCACCGCAACGUCAACGUUAAAGUAAACGCCAACGUCAGCCGCAGCAGCAGCCGCAGCAGCAGCAGCAGCAGCAACGCAAGCAGCAGAAGCAGCACAGUCAGAAAAUGGGCUGUGGACAGAGCAAAAUACAUUUAUAUCCCAGGAAAUCGAAGAGUAAAGCAAAUGGCAAGAAAGGAGGACAUGCCGAUUCAGAUGCGGAGACGGACGAGGAUGAAGGCCACAUUGAGGAUGCGGAGAAGACACAGCAACGUGAGCGCGAGAAGCAUGACGAGACCGAGGAGCUAAGCAAUAAGGACAUACAGGACACCGAGGAGGAUGUGGCUGUGUCGCUGCUACGUGCCAAAAAUCUAUCGCUGCUGCAAAGCCAAGAAAUAUCAUCAAGCCAACAGAACUUCUUUCGCAUGCUGGACAAGAAGAUCGACGAGGGUCCCGACUACGACUCAGCGAGCGAGACGGAAAUUGCCUUGGAGGAGGCGCGACUGAAUGCACUGGUGCAGCAUUGGGAAUCCGCCAGCCUGACCGCAUCCAUUUGCUCCUCGGCAAGUCGAUCGCUGCAGACGACGCCCAUACGUCAGCUGGUGCAGCAGCAGCAGCAACAGCAACAGCAGCAGCAGCAGCAGGUGCAGAUGCCACUCAAGACGAGAACAUCCACGAGUCAUCUGUUGCAGACCACAACAACGGCUUGCAGCAGCCCGCUCUCCACGACCGAGUAUCUACCUCAACACGUCCUGGCGGGCAGACAACAACAACAACAACAACAGCAGCAGCAACAACAGCAGCAACAUCAAGUGGCAAGCCUCUAUCAGCAGCAGCAGCUAAUGCUGCAGCAACAGUUGCUGCCACAGCUCGAUUCCAAUCUUGUCAAUACGUCCAAUGCCAAUGCAGCUGCCGCUGCGCAACUUAGUCAGUUGCAACAGCAGCAGCAACAACAGCUGAUACUCUACCAGCAACACCAGCAACAUCAGCAACAGCAGCAACAACAACAACAACAAUUGGCUGCCUAUGGCGGUCAUAUGCUGUCGCUGCCGGCAGGCACCAAACCUCAAAGUGUCAGCCCCCGGCAUCUGUUGUACACUGGCCCUGGAGCAGGAGCAGGAGCAGGAGGAGCCGCAGGCAGCUCACCACCAGUUGGCUCUGUUCCUGUUUCUGUUCCUAUGCCAGUCAAUGUUCCAGUUCAGUAUAUUGCGGCGAAUUCGCCGCUGAUGCAGGCCGGCGUGACGGGCUUCCUAAAUGGCGCUGGCGCAACAGCCGGACGCGCUCCGUUGCAGCUCUCCUACUACGGCGUACUGCCGAGCACUGCCCCACAGAGUGCCGCUCAAGCGGCCUCCACCUCAGUUCCCAUCGCCUCCGAAUCGUAUGAACCACAAACCGCUCCACACAGCCAAAGUCAGCAGCAGCAGCAGCAACAGCAGCCGCAGCAGCAACCGUUGCAGCCACAAACCUCACAGUUGCAACAUGCCGCACCUGCAGCCGGCGCCUACUACGGCGAGGUCAUGCACAACGUGCAGCCCGCGCCACCCACGGAAUAUAAAUUUCCGCCGGCCAUAAGCGUGCAGAGAUUGGCGCCGCAGGUGCAGCGGCAGUUGCGCGAGACGCAGGAACUUAUAAAAGACUCGUGCCCGCAGCUGUAUGCGGCGGGCUAUGGCAGCCCCGGACCACCGAUACGCAAUCCCAACCGGAAUCCAACUAGAACUAGACCCACCCUGGAGACGCAGUUCUCGCAGGAACUCUCGUGAUAUCUAUAUAUGUAAAGCAGCAAGCAGCAAACCGUAGCAAACCAAA